AUGUGUAUUACUGCUCAUUUUAUUGAUGCUGACUGGAAUUUGACUAAGAGGAUUUUGAAUUUUGUUCCAAUAUCUAGUCACAAGGGGAGGGAUAUUGGAAUAGAAAUUGAGAAGUGUUUGCUUGAAUGGGGAAUUGAUAGAGUGUUUACUAUUACGGUAGACAAUGCUGCUUCUAAUGAUGUUGCUUUAUUGUACAUGAAAGAAAAAAUUUCUAAUUGGGGCUUUUCUAUCAUGAAGUGUCAGUUUUUACACAUGAGAUGUGUUUCUUACAUUGUAAAUUUGAUUGUUGUUGAUGGGUUGAGAUUAAUAAGGAGUUAUGUGAAGAGAGUUAGGGAGGCUAUUCAGUUUGUUAGGCAAUCUGCCCUUAGGAUGAAAAAGUUUAAAGAGAGUUGUGAGGAUGAGAAGAUUCAAAGUAAGAGCCUUUUGACUCUAGAUGUCUCUACUAGGUGGAACUCUACUUAUUUAAUGUUGGAGAGUGCUCAAAAAUUUGAGGUAGCUUUUAAGAGGUUUGAGGACAAAGACCCUUACUUUCGCAUUGAUCUUGAACAAGGGGAGGGGGUGCCUGAUGCUGCUGAUUGGAGGAAUGUUAGAAGGAUGGUGAUGUUUUUGAGUCAUUUUUAUGAAAUGACUUUGCGUGUGUCUGGUGCUUUUUAUGUUACAUCCAAUAGCUUGUUUUAUGAGAUUUACAUGAUAUAUCGCCUUUUGGAUGAUUUUGAGCUAUCAUCAAUGGCUUUUAAAAUGAAAGAAAAAUAUGACAAGUAUUGGGGAGAUCCUUUAAAGAUGAACCAACUCAUUUAUAUUGCUGCUAUUCUAGAUCCUCAAUAUAAGUUGGAAUGGGUUCAAUUUGCUCUUUGUAAAAUGUUUAAUGAUGAAGGUGAAAAUUUGGCAAAGCAAGUGAAGGAUGUUUUCAUUGCUUUAUAUCAUGAAUACAAAGAACAUGUCUCUCCCUCUAAGCAAUCUGAAAAGGAGCAGCUUGUGGAUGAAAUCCAAGCUAAUUUUUGUGAUAAGGAUGACCUUGCUAUGAAGGAAAUUGAAAUAGAUAGACCUAACUUUGAUAUAUUGGGCUGGUGGAAAUUGAAUGGUCCUAGAUUUCCCAUUCUUUCAAGGUUGGCAAGUGAUGUUUUGACAAUACCAAUAUCCAUAGUUGCUUCAGAAUCUACAUUCAGCACUGGAGGACAUGUUUUGGAUGCAUUUAGGAGUUCUUUAACUCCUAAAGUUGUGCAAGCCCUUAUUUGUGCUGAAGAUUGGCUUCGUCACUCCAUUCUUAUGGUUGUGGAAGAGAAAUUAGAUGAUAUUCAAAGGAUUGAAAGAAUGCCUGGUGGACUGUUGGUUCUUGUUGCUGUCUUCUUCUAG